CUUUUUCGGACGUUCUUUUUUUGCAUGCAUUUGGAGGAAUCCAAGUCAGCUUGGGCCAGGCGACAUUUUGCAUUUCGCCAUGUCUGUCCCAGAAGAAGAAAUCGUCGCUGGCGCCGCCGACCAGCAAAGUGUGGCGCACAAGCAGGAGAAGGAAGCCUACAAGCAAGCCAUCGAAAGAGCUAAGGCAGCUUACAAGGAAGCUGAGAAGAGGGCGAAGCAAGCCUACGAGGAGGCCGUGGAAGCCGAGAAGCGUGCUGAAGUCCAGCGCCACCGCGCUCACAAGGAACAAGAACGCGCUGAAAAAGAGCGUCGUCAAAUUGCAAAGCAAUUGCGAAAGCCUGGCAACGCGACUGGCACCUGGACCCAUCAUGGAAACAACUCGUCGCACCAGUUGGUGAAUGCCACGCUGGACCAAGUAAUCGAAUUCCCUGUCGGCGGUUCGUUGUCGUUGGAAGCGCUCCCCCAGCCAGCCCAAAUCGACAGCUCCCUUUCGACGGUGGGCGGUGUUGCCAUCGUUGCCGCGGUGGGGUUUGUGGCGUUUAAGAUUGUCAAGAAGUACGGCCGCCGCGCCAACUACCACCCAAUCCCCUCUGAAACAACACCGUUGAUUUAAGACUCUACCGGGGGCAUCCCAUGUCGAUGUAAUUGCAAACUCGUUCGUUCGAUGUCGA